AUGUACAACGUUUUGGGUGCUACCGGUUCCGAGGUACGGGCAAACGCCGGGAUUAUCCCAAAUUCUGAAAAUUUUCCGGAUGAACACACUCUGGGAAACUGGCCGAUAGGUGGAGGCUCCGCCAGCCUCAGCGUCAAUGCCGAGGAGGAAAAGGGCGACGACGAGGUUCUGGUGGAUCUAGGUCGUCAUCCAUACGGCCACAAGGAGACGUUGGCUCUGUAUGACGCUUGGCCUUAUCAGGUCACCGUCUCGUACAAUACUGUCGUCGGGAAUCAACAAACCCGCUUGUGUUUAUGGGAAAAAGUCACCGAACUUUACAACUCGAAAAAGCCAAAGGGGACCCACCGCCACAACAUGAAGAUGCUCCGCGGUCAUUGGGACCGAUACGACAAAGAUGUCAAAAAAUUUUGCGCGAUAUACAGGGAAGAAGCGGCGAAUUACCAAAGCGGAGCCAGUGGAGCCGACAUUCUGAGAGCGGCGUUGCGGGUCUUUAAAGACGACACCGAUAAAGAUUUCAAACAUGUCGAUGUUUGGUCGCAAGUCCACCACCUUGAAAGGUGGGCUGGUGGUGUCCCGUCUUGCACGAGGUCGAACUCGAAACGCUCGAAGCACACAACGGGUGGCCAAUACUCGUCUAGUGAGGGCGGGUCAGGCAACCCCUCACAAGAGGUUGAGGGCAGGGCUCCCGAUGCAGAGGGCCCCUCCGGUUCACGACGUCGGCCGCAAGGCGGCGAAGGCGGCUAG